UGAUACUGACCAUGUAAUUUUUUCUAAAAUUUUAUAAAUUUCUAGUAUUUUUUUCUUAACAAAUUGCACUAAAUACGGUUAAACAAAAUUUGGCGAAAUGUCUGUGAACAAAGAGGUCGUGGACGAGCACGUUAGCGGGGCGGGGGACGUCGAGGCCAAGCCGGAGCCCGUGCCGCCGAAGCCUGUGGUCCCUGAUGUGGAGCUUAUCGUCGACGGCUUCGGAUUCAUGCCCAGGACAGCAUCGGGAGCCUCCCGCACCAAACCGGACCCGGGAGAUGAAGACGAGCGUUUGCGGAGCGCUUGCGGUUCCAGCAGUAACAUCGACGUCGUACGGAGGUACACUUGGAAGACGAAAAAUAAAAUGAUGGUUCAGGUGAUUACCUAUGGCGCAACAAUAACGGUUAUUAAAGUUCCAGACAAGAGAGGAAAUCCUGAUGAUGUCAUCGCGGGGUUCGAUACAUUAGAAGAAUACUUCCAAAAGCGGAAUCCGUAUUUUGGAGCGACAAUAGGACGCUACGCGAACUACAUUCGCGAGGCGACCUGUGUGGUGCGGCCUUCGGGCAGGAUGUACAUGCUGUCCAUGAAUAGGGGUCACAAUCAUUACAAUGGCGGCUACAUCGGAUUCGAUAAGGUUAACUGGCGAUCUUACGUGGUCGGCAAUAAGGUGAUAAUGAGCCACGUAUCGGAACGCUUCAGCGAGGGCUAUCCUGGCACAGUGAUGACACAAAUCACGUACGAGGUCACUUGCGACAACUCUAUCAAGAUAGAAAUGAGAUGUACAACCAACGAGCCGACCAUCAUCAAUCUCAGCCAUUCGCCUUAUUUUAAUUUAGCCGGACAUCAUGCCGGCUGUGAAAACAUGUACGACCACAUAUUCACGAUUAACGCCGAUAAGUACACUGCUACGGACGAGGAUGGCCUAGUCACCGGAGAGAGAAAAGUGGUCGGGGGGACAUCCUUUGACUUUAGAGUACCCCGAGUACUACGCGUGCAGCUGCCCAAAAUACCUAACGGUGGCUACGAUAUGAACUUCUGCAUCACGCAAGGCACGGAUCAGGACCUGACGUUCCAUGCCAGAGCUCUCCAUCCAUUGACGGGUAGAGUGCUGGAGAUGUACAGUAAUAAGCCCGGCAUGCAGUUCUAUACUGGAAACUUGCUUCCCGAUCCUGAUAAAAUUGUAGAGCCACUGCCGGGUGAUGGAGAGGAGGAGAGCGAGGGAGAAGGCGAGCAUGGUGAAGAAAGCGAGUCUGAGGAUGAACAAGGAAGUAAUGCAGAUUCUAUAGAACAUAAACAGGGCAAGGCGGGCUACGGCUACGUACCCCUGAUGGGAAAAGCCGGCACUAUGUACAAGAAGCAUGGCCUGUUUUGCCUCAUGCCACAGAAUUUACCCGACGCAGCCAAUCAUUCGCACUUUCCCAGUCCUGUUCUGAAUCCAGGUGAAGUGUAUGUGCACCGAAUACAAUAUAAAUUUGGUUUAUUACUUGGUAAAUAUGUUUAGCAAAAGUGCAGUCUUAAUAAUUUAAAUAAACAGUGUAAAAGUUGAUGUGAUAU